AUGUCGGCUACUGUUGGUUUAAUGGAUGAAGCGCUUCAGCAUAGCCUGGCGACCUCUGAAGAGGAUGCCGAAUAUGAGGAGGACGAUCUAGUGGACGAUCUGAUGGCGGAAAACGAGAAUGCUGUGGCUGCGAACUACCAACUACAGAAUGGGCUAGGUGUAGAUCAUGGGGACGAUUCGGAGGAUGAUGAUCUCAGUACUGAACAUGCCAUGCUCACGGACGCGGAUGGAGAAGAUGAGGACAUGCCAGAUUCGCCGCAGAAUAUCGAGGAGGAAAGUGAGGAAGAAGAGGAGGAGGAUGGGGAAGGGGUCGGUGCUGUAAAAAUACAGCCUGGCCUUCUAGAGGAUGAUGAGGAAGCUAUGUCAGCAACAGAAGAGGAAGAUGAUGAAAGCGUUGCCAGUGUGGAUGAUGAAGAUGACGACGAAGAAUCAAAAGGUUCCUCGGAUGCGGAGAUUGAGGUGGGUUGGAAGUCGGCUGGAGAAGAUGAAGAAGAAGAGAUUGCGAAUCCUAAUCGAUGCAUAUUUUGCCAACAAGAUGAGGAAAAUGACCCUAGCGAGGAGUUUGAAAUGUACCUGUCCUGCGCUGUUUGCGGCGACAAUGCUCAUAGACAAUGCGCUCGAGGUGCAGAAGCCUUGAAGCCAGAUGACGAUGCUGAAAAGUGGUAUUGCCCUGACUGUGUUUCCAACAAUCUUGUUCCCGAGCUUGAAGAAGAACCCCAGGCCGAGGAAGUUCUUGAUGCCACAGCAAGGCGAAUAUCACGAGACAGGCUUCCUGGCGAUUUAUUACCAUCCCAGAGAGCAAUAAAGCCAGACUCCCAUUCGGUAUUCAACCAACUGAUUGCCCCAGACGACCCCUUGGAUGGAUCAAGAUUAUUACGCAAAAGGAAACCAUCUUCAAUAUCAGGGGAUGCCGAAGAACCCAGUGCAGUAGUCCCAAGGCGGCGGAAUCAGCCUAAGCAGCGCGCAGGUGGUGAACCCAACCAAAUUCCUGCCUCUGAAGAACCCAAAGCGGAUGAAGAAAACGAUCUCCAAUCGCCUACAAGCCCAAAGAACCAAAGAUCGUUAAGGCCUAAGGUUGCACAGGUUUCAUAUGUUACUGUUCUUGAACGCGGACCCCAGGUGCUCAAGUUGAUGUUUCAGCUAAACCCAGCCGAUCUUGCUCAUAUCCAGGCACGUGCUCCUAAGCCAGUGAAGAAACGAGUUCGACACCCUCCUGGUGGCCGUGCCGUACCUACCACCUUAGAAGUUUCCACCUUUACCCCUUCUACUUAUACACAGCCUUUCUAUUCACUACAUGAAAGAGAAAUGAAUGAGCUGCAAUCAAAACCUUAUGGUGGCAUUUUGGACGAGACUGAAGCCGACACCUCGCUGACGCUACCUAAGCCCGAGCACCGAAGACAGUUCGAUGAAGCUAGGCAGAAAGCAGAAGAAGAGUGGAAAGCGAGGACUGCCGCUGUUGCUGAGGCUGCAGCAACGGCUGGUAUCAAGAAACCACGAAAAGUCUCCGGGCCAGCAAGCCAAAUCGAGUACAUUGAGUUCGGACAAUAUCAGAUUGACAUCUGGUAUGCUGCACCAUAUCCCGAAGAAUACAGUAGAAACCAAGCACUUUUCAUAUGCGAGUUCUGCCUCAAAUACAUGGAGUCUGCUACUGUUGCCUGGCGUCACAAAACAAAAUGUCCCUGGAAGCAUCCACCGGGGGACGAGAUAUACCGCGACGGUAAUAUCUCGAUGUUUGAAGUUGACGGCCGAAAGCAAUCCCUUUACUGCCAGAAUCUAUGUCUCCUUGCCAAGUUAUUUCUAGGAUCAAAAACGCUUUACUACGAUGUGGAGCCAUUUUUGUUCUACGUUCUUACUGAAUACGACGACUUAGGCUACCACUUCGUGGGCUACUUCUCGAAAGAGAAACGUCCUACUAGUCUGAACAACGUGUCUUGUAUUCUGGUUCUCCCAAUCUUUCAGCGCAAGGGUUAUGGCAAUUUGCUCAUUGACUUUUCGUACCUUCUCACACGAGUUGAAAAGAAGACUGGCUCUCCCGAAAAGCCUCUCUCGGAUAUGGGAUUGGUAUCAUAUCGCAAUUACUGGCGCCUUGUUCUGUGCCAUUACCUCAAAGAUUUCAAAGCUGGUGAUCAGAUACCGAGCAUCAAGACGAUGUCUGACGAUCUUGGCCUUACUCCUGACGACAUCGUCUCGGCUCUUGAGCAAUUGAAAGCCUUGAUUCGCGAUCCUGUUACAGGAACCUACGCUUUGCAGCUGAGAACAGAGCUGUAUAAAGAUGUGAUUCAACACCAUGAAGCGAAAGAGUAUGCUUCAAUAAAUCCGAAAAAGCUCGUCUGGACACCAUAUAUCAUGGGCAGGGGUAAUACCGCAGCGUUCGAUCAUGUACCGCCACUUGGCGUAGUUGCCCCUCGUGAAGAGGAAGAUGACAGUACCGAGUUGAGUAGUCUGCCUGAAAGCAGUAAACGGGAUUUCGAGGCAUUUGCGGGCGGUGAUGAAGACACGAUUAUCGUGACAGAAUCAAUGGGGAAACUAACGACUAAGCUUGCUGGAUCGGUUGUUAAUGGGGGUUCUCAUGGUUCCGUGAAUGGCUCUGGAGUCCAAAUCAAAGUUAAUGGCGUUCCCAAAAAGUUGUCAUAUUACGAGGCAGCCGCUGCAAUCGCUCCAACACGAUUUGAGGUAUUCCCCCCGCCUCCCGGAACUCGAAACCGUGCCACACCUCGCGCGUCUGGGUCUAGGCCUCGGCCCAGAACAACGAACGGCACGCCUUCACGUCCUGCUACAUCGCGAUCUGGUGGAGGUUCAUCGCGACGUUCAACUAAUUCUCGGACCAGUGGACGGAGGAAGAGUGGAGGCACUGGUCGCGGACCUGGUCGAUGGCCUAAGGGGACUAAGAAGGGUGAUUUUGGCAAUGCUGAUAGUGGUCCAGGAAUGCCACCAAAACUAUCAAAACAGAGAAGUCGAUUAGGACAGGAAGUGAUCUUGGGCGAUGGUGAUGACGAGAUCGAAAAUGAUGGGGAGAUUCCAGGAGAGGACGAAGAUGGAAUCGUUUACGAAACUCCUGCGCAGAAGAAGCGCCGUGAUCGAGAAUCUACUCGAGGAAAAGGACUAGGGAAACCUGUUUUGGGUGGCAAAGGUCCAUUGAUUGGUAAAGGGCCUCUUGGGAAGCCUGUAGCUGUCGAGGAACCUGUUGACGAGGAAAUGGAGGAUGCGCCGCUGAUUACUGGAGAUCUAGAUGCUGAGGCAGAGGAUGAAUAG